AUGGCCAAAGCCGUAGAAGUGAGCCAUCGUGCUGGGGCUUGGAAACAACAGAAUAAAGAUCAUAAACAUGGACGCCAUCGAACCAAAAGUCAGAUUAAAGCGGAUCAAAAAGGCAAGGUGAGCCUGAAGGCCAAAAAUUCACGAAGGCAGAAGCCCGUAUUGACGAGAAGAGAGCGCAAGAACUUGUCCAAGCAAAUCCGGGCCCACAAAGUCACACUGGACUCGAGCAUUAAAUCCAAAGUUGGCACACAUUCAACCCCGCCGAUCCUUGUCGCCUUUGUCCCAGUGUCACGCGACGUGAAUACCUCAGAAUGGUUCAAAACUUUCAUCUCGUUUCUUGGACCCGAUGCGAAAACGAGCACGAAUGCGCGCGGAGACGUCCACGUGGUUUUGGUGAAACAGAAAGUGCGAUUCACGUUUUUGAAACCAGUGGACGAGUUUAUGGGAGUGUUGGAUUCCGUGAAAGUUGCGAACACAGUCGUUUUUCUGCAUGGAAGCGGAAUAAAUGGUGCCGAGUUGGUGGACGAGGAAGGGAGAAUGAUUGUUGCUGCGAUUCGCGCUCAAGGACUGCCUACAGUGCUGCAUGUCAUGCCUAAGGAUAAUAAAAUGAAGACAACCAGGAAAGCAGUCGAAAGUGUGGUUUCCCCGGAAGACCGAGUUGCUCAUUUCCUAGGGAAUGAAGCCAGUGCCAGUUCAUUGUUGCGGGUUCUCGCCACCCAGAAACGCCGGGAAGUCGGGUACAUAGCGAAACAUUCACACAUCAUCGCCGAUUCUGUGGAAUUCUGUCCUCUUGCGCAAGAUGGCGAAGAAGUCGCUAUUGGAGGAAGCGUGAAAAUAAGUGGAUACAUACGCGGAUCGCGACUGGAUUUGAAUAAGUUCGUGCACAUACCGGAUUAUGGUGACUUCAAAAUCUUGCGUGUCACUCUUCGUCGUGAUCCUUUGUUGGAGCAUGUGGCUCGCUCGCGAUCUUCUUCAAUUGCCAUGGAAGACACGAGCAAUCUCGAUGAAGUUCUCAUCACACCUGACGCCAGCAACCAAGAUGACGUGGACCUCGACGAAGAGCUAGACGACGGCGACGAAAUGGAGGCAGUUGGAAACGGGAAGGAUUUCGAGACUGCCACGAUGAAAUCUUCCGUCAUUAGAAAAGUGCCGAAAGGAACUUCUGAUUACCAAGCGGCUUGGAUUGUCGACAGUGGAGAUGAAUGUUCUGGUGACGAAGCUGUCGAUGAGUUUCAAAAUAUGGACGAAGAUAUGAACAUAGAUGAAGAUGGCGAAGACUCAAGCGAAGAAGGUGAAAAAGAUGAAGAUACUCAGACAGAAAUCGACGAUCGGUCGGAAAUCGGGAGUGUUGCAGACAUGCCGUUGAGUCAACAGAUGGAUCUUCUUGCUAAACUGAAACAAAUGAGAGAAGACGAGAUGUUCCCCGACGAAGAAGACACACCGAUGGACAUUUCGGCAAGAGAAAGAUACCAGAAGUAUCGAGGUCUUGAAAGUUUCAGACGAUCUGUUUGGGAAAAUCCCGACUCGGAUCUUCCCCCGCAUUACAAGAAUCUUUACCGAUUUGCCAAUUUCAAGCGGUCGCGAAAACUUGCCAUUGCCGAACCCGACGAAGAAACUGGCAUUUCUUCAGUCCUGAAGCCAGGAGCGUUCGUUACGCUGGAACUCGGAAAUGUGACUGAAGAUGUUGUUGAACGAAUGAAAGCCAUUGACAGACCCAUUUUAGCGUUCGGUUUGCUGUCACACGAACAUAGAAUGUCAAUUUUGAACUGCGUGCUGAAACGUCGACCAGCGGAAGAUCCUGAAAAUGCGACAGUCAUUAAGUCAAAAGACCGACUCGUUUUCCAAGUCGGGUUCCGCCGUUUCACCUCUUGUCCAGUGUUCAGUGAACAUAAGACAGGGAACAAAUUUAAGAUGGAACGGUUUUGGCGACCAGGACAAAUCGUGACAGCGAGUUUCGUCGCGCCGAUUUCAUUCCCACCUGCCCCGGUGAUCGUGUGGACUCCGAAUUGCAAAAAUUACGAAGUCGUCGGCACGGGAAGAGUCUUGGACGCGGAUCCAGGAAGGAUAAUUGUGAAGCGAGCAGUCCUUUCUGGGUAUCCAUUCAAAAUCCAAUCAAAGCGGAAUGCUGUAGUGAGAUUCAUGUUCUUCAACCGCGAGGAUAUCAUGUGGUUCAAGCCUGUGGAACUGAGAACGAAACACGGAUGCAGAGGGCAUAUCACCGAACCGAUCGGAACGCAUGGGUUCAUGAAGUGCAAGUUCGACAAGAUGGUGAAGUCGGAAGACACAAUUCUUCUGUCGCUUUACAAACGCGUUUAUCCCAAGUGGGCAUACGAGCCUUUGCCCAUCGAACCCUUGCCUCGAUCGGCAACUUCGCAUGAAGAAAUGGCAGACUGACGUGAUCCAUUAAAAAUGCGUUGUUUAGGGGAAACUGAUCUCAAAACUGUUCUGUGGG